GAGCUUCUGCGACGACCGUGAGGGUAAGUUUCUCCAAUUCUUCACCGUCCCCUGAAAAGACGAUCUUAGCGCAAUGCGCCUAUCCUCACCGCGUCCUUGGAAAAUCUCAUGAUGGCAUUGGAUCACCGCUAAUAUGCGAUUUCUGCAGACAUCUACUCUUUCGCCCUUACUGCUACCUCCAAGCUCCUCAAGAACUACAACAUCGACCCCAACUCGAUUGGUUACCUCGAGGUCGGUACCGAGACUCUUCUCGACAAGUCCAAGUCCGUCAAGAGUGUUCUUAUGCAGCUCUUUGGCGACAACACCAACAUCGAGGGUGUCGACACUAUCAACGCCUGCUACGGUGGUACCAAUGCUGUUUUCAACGCCAUCAACUGGGUUGAGUCUUCCGCUUGGGACGGUCGCGAUGCUAUCGUUGUUGCCGGUGAUAUUGCUCUCUACGCCAAGGGCAAUGCUCGCCCCACUGGCGGUGCUGGUGCCGUCGCUCUCCUGAUCGGCCCCAACGCCCCCAUCGUUGCCGAGCCUGGUCUGCGUGGUACCUACAUGCAGCACGCCUACGAUUUCUACAAGCCCGACCUUACCAGCGAGUACCCCUACGUUGAUGGUCACUACUCCGUCAACUGCUACACUAAGGCCCUCGAUGCCGCCUACCGCGCUUACUGCAAGCGUGAGGCCAAGCAGGCCACUAACGGUACCAACGGUGCUUCCAACGGUGACGACUCUACCAAGACCAGCCUUGACCGCUUCGACUACCUUGCUUUCCACUCCCCUACUUGCAAGCUUGUCCAGAAGUCUUACGCUCGUCUCCUCUACCACGACUAUCUCGCCAACGCCGACUCUCCUGCUUUCGCUGAGGUUGCUCCUGAGCUCCGUGACAUGGACUACGAGAAGUCCUUGACCGACAAGGUUGUUGAGAAGACCUUCAUGGCCCUCACCAAGAAGCGUUUCCAGGAGCGUGUCAACCCCUCCAUCCAGGUCGCCACCAACUGUGGUAACAUGUACUGUGGUAGUGUCUGGGGUGGUCUCGCCAGUUUGAUCAGCGUUGUCGACAACAAGGCUCUUGAGGGCAAGCGAAUUGGUCUCUUCAGCUACGGAUCUGGUCUUGCUGCUAGUUUCCUGUCUUUCCGCAUCAACGGCAGCGUUGAGAAGAUCUCUAGCGUCCUUAGCAUCCCUGCCCGUCUUGAGGCCCGCCGCGCUGUCCCCCCUGAGACCUACGAUGAGAUGUGCAAUCUCCGAAAGCAGGCCCAUCUCCAGAAGGACUACACUCCCAAGGGUGACGCCUCUACCAUCGCCCCUGGUACUUACUACCUUACCAAGGUCGACGACAUGUUCAAGCGCGAGUACGCUAUCAAGGAGUAAAGGAUUGUCUUUUGAAAAUCCAAAGUAUCCUUGCUCGAACAACCUUUUAUACGAGACAUUUAUCGCUUCUAGACUUGGUUCCAUUACAGCUAUGGCCCAGGCGAAAGCAUAUCAUGAACAUGAUGACAUCAAUGGGGAAAACUAGACGCAGGGAAGAAGAAUAUAGCGGAUGAUGAUAGAAGCGCAAUUCGCGCAGUGGAGAUUGACAUCGAGGUCCUCUAAUUGAGCUAAUAAUGAUGGCCAUUAUGGCUUGUGGAAGUAAUGGGGACCGUCUCUCCUGGGAUAUUUACGAGGAAGUUUUCAAGGCCCAUACCAUAUAGACCUGGUCAGUUGGCGCUUAGAAGAGUUUACGAUACUUGGAAUAUAAUAAAAAUGUAUUU